UCUUCCACCCAGUUAAACGGCUAGCACGCUCCAUGCUGCUCAAUAUUGAUCGUUAACUCCGCUAAAGAAACACUACAUUUGGUUGUCUCGAAGGACAAAACAAUCAUGCGUUGAGAUCCGUGCGUCAUCUGGACCCCGGCGGUGCGUACUGCCUCUCUCCGUCGUGCCUCAGACCGGAGCUGGAGGGUCAGUUUGUGCACACACCGAUCAACGGGAUCCAUAAACCAACCAAUCCGUCGCGUCUCAACCUGGAUGACCCCCGGAGUGACGCGUCUCUCCGUGAGGGUGAGGAGGGUGCAGGAGCGGAGAGAGGAGGAGGAGGAGGAGAGGAGGCGCAGAUCUGCAGGUGCUCUAGCGCUGUCGUAAAACAGGAGAGUCCGCGAGCAUCAGAGCGAUGCCAGGGGUAACCAAGUACAAUUUAGUGGAUGACGCGCACGAUUUAAGGAUCCCCAUGCACAACGACGAGGUGUUUAAGCAUGGGGUCAGCUUCGAGGCGAAGUACAUCGGCAGUUUGGAGGUUGGUCGCCCUGGCAGCCGGAUGGAGAUAGUCGCUGCAAUGAGGAGGAUCAGAUAUGAAUUCAAACUGAAGAACAUAAAGAAAAAGAAGGUCAACAUUGUGGUAUCCACCGAUUCUGUCAAAGUGAUUCUGCGCAAAAAGAGGAAGAGAAAAGGAUGGUCAUGGGAUGAGAACACAACCUUGGUGACACAGGACCCCAUUUAUAGGAUCUUCUACGUGUCACAUGAUGCCCAAGACCUGAAGAUCUUCAGUUACAUUGCAAGAGAGGGACAGAGCAACAUUUUCCGCUGCAAUGUUUUCAAGUCCAAGAGAAAAUCACAGGCCAUGAGGAUCGUGCGGACUGUAGGUCAGGCGUUUGAUGUGUGCCACCAGCUGACCCUGCAGCAGAAAAGCGAUAGCCAGGAGGAUGAGGACGGGAAGGCGGAGGAGUCGGAGGCAAUGCCAGCGAAGAAAAGGUUUGCGCUGUCAGAGGAGACUGACCUUGAAGCCACAACAGAAGAAAGCAUAGAAUGUGUCUCUUCAUCAGACCCAGAGAAGAGCAAAAAGGACGAGGCCCUCGGUGACGACGGGAAGGUGUCCAGUGACCCACCUCUCCUGCUGAGCUCCCCCCUCCUAGGGGCUUCUGUGUUGGGUCAGUCCACAGCAGAGGCUCCCCUCUCUGAAGAGCACCAGGUUCAGCUCCUAAAGAAACAACUGCAGCAGCAGGAGCAGCAGGCACUGGCAGCUUCAGCACAGGUGCAUGUACUGCAGGAGCAGCUGUCGGUGGAGGUGUCUGCACGGACCGAAGCACAGGCGAGAGUUCAGAGGCUCCUGCAGCAGAACACAGACCUGCUGCAGCACAUUUCCCUGCUGGUUAAACAGAUCCAGGAGCUGGAGCUCAGAGCUGCUGGGCAGUUAACAUCCAUGGGCUCCCAGGAUAGUCUGUUAGAGAUCACUUUCAGAGCUAAACCCCCCAGCGCUCCCCAUGACACCCUCACCUCUUCUUCAUCUUCGGGUGCUUUAGCAGCACCGUCCCUGCUCCAAAUCAGCGACAGUGCCUGGGUCUCCAGCCUCCCCGGACCCUGCUCUCCAGGCACCACUGGCACUGCCACCAGCCCUCUGGGAUUAAGCGGCAGCGGAGUUCGGCUUGAGUGUUUCCGCUUCUCCUCCCGCAGGGCGGACAGCCAGGAGCAGAGCCAGGACACGGGGGAGACCCCCAGCGACGGAGCCCCAGAUGAGAGCUCACUGCUGGGAGAGCAGGUCCUGGGAGCCCUGGAGCUGCUGCGGUUCAGGGAGUCAGGGAUCGGAUCCGAGUACGAAUCAAACACAGAUGAAAGCGAUGACCGGGACAGCUGGGGGCAGGGGGAGGGGGUGGGGGCUGAUGGUGCAGCUCGACUGUUUAAUGUGCUGAAUGCAGAGAGUUUGCCGGACUGCCUAGGAGAUGAGAUGGCUGUGUAGUGGUGCUAAUAAAACAACACAUGCAGCUUUGAAUUUAUGCACCAGCCCAAUGGGAAGGAGGUGAAAUUUAUUGACUUUAUUACACAGAGAUCAUGUAUUGUGACAUCAGUUAACCACAUUGUCUGCAGAGAUGAAUAAUUUGUAGCUGAUUCUGCACAGUGCUCACUGACCAUUGAUCUGAGUAAAGAUUUUAAUUUCAACUCAAAGUUUUAUUGAGGGGUUUCCUUAUCCACUUAUAUGAGGGGUAGAAUAUACAAUGCCUAUAAAAGUUAUUCAUCCCCUUAGAUGUUUUACAGUUUAAUUAUUUUGAUAACUCAAUCAGGGUCAAUAUACUUUGAAAAAAAACUGCUUAAUAAUCUUUUUAAAUGUCAAACUGAAAAACAGA